AUGUCAGACAGUCCGCAGCCCCGUAAUGAAGGGACUCGACCUGGGCAAAUCUACUUAGGUGUGAGUCAAACCAAGACGCAGAGAGCGCCAUUGAGAAUAGCGUCCCACCAAACAACCAUCGCAGAGACGCAAUGCUACAGAACGCAACAAGCAUCAAUACGACUAUCGUCGGGCUUACACCAUCUCAAGGUCCCCCAUACAUCCCAGCAGACAUCACCACCCGCAUACCUUCAUCGACCAGAACCACAAGAGUGCGUCAAAUCAGGCGCAGCACACCCGCAGAUCCAUCACAAGACGCAAUACCGCAAGAAGCAAUAA